AUGGGUGACAAGACGUUUCAUAAGGUUUCUGAGUUGUAUCGGAGUUCAACGCUAGAUGAACUCGUUCAUAAUUCCCAUCUUGCCGCAAAGCAUUUCCAGGAAGUUGGGUUAAUGGAGAGUGCCGUGCCUUUGAUUGACGUUGCCCCGUCCAGUAAUGGUUAUAUUGUCAAUUUUGUAGUCAAAGAACCAAAGGCGUUUAGUUUGGGGCUGAAAGCUGGUAUAAGUACAAAUGGCGAUGCUGACAUGUCACUGAAUGCUGGCAAGCAAAGCGUUGGAGGACGUGGUGAAGCGAUCAAUUCUAGUUACACGUACACGGUCAAAUUGUGGAGAACACUUCGGGCUACAGACGAUGCAGCGUUUCUCGUUCGUGAACAUGCCGGUCACACCACAAAAUUCUCAAUAGAAAAUGCCAUCGGAUUUGAUAGCCGAGAUCGUCCUAUACUUGCUUCUAAAGGAAUACUUGGUAGGUUUUUGAUGCGUAACGGUCCAUUUUGUGACAUCUUGACCAUAUCUCGAUACAUCAAAAUAUGCUGGCCGUGUGCAUUCUUAUCCAUAAGACAUCAAAUAGAUUUGCAGGUAUAUUUUUUAAUUGCUUUGAAUAAGUGUGAAGCGUGUUUGAUUAAGAAUCCGACCAGAUUAGGAAUAAUAUCGCGAAGUGUCGUUAAUCUAUUGAAACAGGCUGCUGCACCGCUCCCGUUCGGCUUUAUCCUCUCUGCAUCGGCUCAGUUGAAAAACGUGAAAGGUUUGGGAGAUCGCGAAAUCCAUCUGCUGGACCGAAUGUACCUGGGUGGUCAGCAAGACGUGCGUGGAUUUGGUCUCAACACGCUUGGUGUGAGUUCGUCGUGCUCUUUUCAGAAAGGAAAUUUCACGGUGUUCUUAGAAAAGUUUCAUCAGUAUUGCUUUAGAUGCUGUUUGCACAUGUGUUUCAUCAACAGGAGCGUGCUCCGUCCGAUCGCGACCAUAAUCAUGCCGAGAUCUACAGAAUGCACUAAAGCAGUAUCCAUGGUCUGUAAUAUUACUUUUUUAGGAGUUGCGUUCAUUUUCCGAAACAUUUUCCGUCUUGAAAUCAAUUACGUCGCACCGAUCAAGCAUUGUGAAGGUGACAGUCAUUCAACUGGAUUGCAUAUCGGUUGCGGUAUCAACUUUUUGUAG